GGAGAGGGGACCAGGGGGGGAGAAAGAGAGGGUUUGGGAGAAGAGGGGAUUGAAGGCUAAUCCUUGAACACUCAUCAAGCCUUCAAGCCCAGGCAGGCAGCCAAGCAGAGACACACGUCUCCCUGUCACAGACAGUAGAGAAAGAAGUCAAACCAAAGCUGAUUGUUUCCAGUAUAUCAAUCAUAAACCAGAGCUGAUGUCACACCGCUAGUGGAGAGGGACCUUGUUCCUUCUCAACUGUGCCUUGUGUUGUGGGAGGACGCAGAGCACAGGAUUGGGACACAAAACAAAGAUUACACAAGUUGCUUUUAUACUUUAUUUUCUGAAAUCAUCCACAAAUGGCAUCGUCCAGCAGUUUCCUGUCUGAGGAGCAGUUCCAGUGCUCUAUCUGUCUGGAGGUGUUCAAUGAGCCAGUCUCUACUCCGUGUGGACACAACUUCUGCGAGGCGUGUAUCGGUAGAUACUGGAACAACUCUUGUCACCAUAAGGGUCCACUGUGUACUGAGAAAUUUGAUGCAAAACCUGAGCUCAAAACCAACACUACACUCAAAGAGAUUGCAGAUCAUUUUCGAGCCAUGACGGUAAGAGACAGAGACGCAUCCACUGCCAAACCAGGAGAGGUGGUCUGUGAGGUCUGCACUGGGAGGAAGCUCAAGGCUUUCAAGUCCUGCCUGGAGUGUCUGACCUCCUACUGUGAGACUCACCUGGAGCCUCACCAGCUAGCCCCGGCCCUGAGGAGACACAAGCUGCUGGAUCCCGUGGAGAGCCUGGAGGACAGGGCGUGUGGCCAGCACAACAAGCUCCUGGAGCUGUUCUGUAAGACUGAUCAGAUCUGGGUGUGUCAGACUUGCAUCGCGACAGACCACAAGAAUCACCACGUGGUGAUGCUGGAGGAAGAGUGUGGAGAAAGGAGUGCUGAGCUGAGGGAGAUGAUCCAGGAAAGACUCCAGAAGGUCCAUGAGAUCAAACAUUCAGUAGAGCUCAGUCAGAGAAACACAGAGAGAGAGAUGGCAGACUGCAACAGGGUCCUGAUGGAUCUGAUGAGUUCCGUUGAGGGUUGCCGGGCUGCAAUCACUGAGAUGAUUGAGGAGAAGCAGAAAGCAACGAAGGAACAGGCUGAAGGGUUUAUUGAAGAGCUUCAGGAGGAGAUCUCUGAGCUGCAGAGACGAGCCACUGAACUGGAGCAGCUCUCACACGCCAACCUCCACCUCCUCCAGAGCUCUCCACCCCUCUGCCCCCCCACACUCGGCAAGGACUGGUCAGAUGUCAGCAUCCACCUGGGUUUGGGAAAAUUCAGGAGAGCUCAAAGGAGCUCUGUAGCUCAACUGGAGGAGGCUGCAAGGAGAGCCUUUGCUGAGCUUGAGGAACUCACCAAAACAAAGGAAGGGAUGCCUGACUUGAAGGCAUUGCAGCAGCAUGCAGUGGAUGUGACUCUGGACAUUGAUACAGCACAUCCUAUACUCGCCCUGUCCAGGGACAGGAAACAGGUGAAGUAUGAAGGUUUGUGGAAUUUUGUUCCUGACAACCCAAAGCGGUUUCAAAGCUUGUUUGCUGUCCUGGGGCACAAAGGCUUCCACAAAGGGAAGUUCUACUUUGAGGUGAAGGUUACUGACAAGCUUGAAUGGUCACUAGGGGUGGCCAGUAAUUCCAUCACUAGAAAGAAACCCUCAGCCGGUAGACCUGAGGAUGGAAUCUGGGCUCUAACGUUUCAGGUGAACAAGUUUGUAGUGUUGAACCCCCGUCCAGAACACAUAUACCCGAAAGAGAAGGUGGAGAAGGUGGGGGUGUUGGUGCAUUAUGAGGCAGGUCAGGUGUCCUUCUAUGAUGUGAAAAACAGAUGGCUCAUCUACUCCUACUCCGGCAUGACCUUCACUGAGACACUCUACCCAUACUUGAAUCCAUGUGACAAUGAGUUUGGCCCCAACACGAAACCCUUGGUCAUCUGUCCAGUCGAACGCAAACACAUGUAUUUUGAUGAUUCUGAUUAAAAUAAUUGUUCAUAAAAAAAAAUCUUAUAUAUUUAUGGUAUACAGUUUGAUUAUAAUGUGAGCUUACAGUUUAAGGAAGUCUAAAGAAGGAAUAGUGUGGUGAAAUACAGUUGAAUUCAAUGUAAUGAAAUCCAAUGUCAUGAUGUUGAGUUUGGACUAUAAGAUUCAUCAGGUCGAUGACUGAUGUGUCUGUUUCAUAUUGUGGUGUUAUGACCAAACUGCAGAGGGUCCACUGCUGCUCAUAUACUUUGACAUUUACAGGAAAAAGUUAUAUCAAUUUAAGCUGAUUUGUUGAAUAAAAUGGUGGACGAUUUGUAGCAAUCUAAAGUAAAUCAUUGUAUAACUGGUUACCCAGAGACUUCAGCCACACACAUCCAGCACCAGUAGGGUUUGUCUCAAGGCCGUAGCCAUGGAGUCAGCAUUGGGGGGGACACAUUUAUUUUUGUUAUGAUAAUU